AUGAAGAAUGCUAAGGUAGACAGGACAAUUGUCGCUGAAGCGUCUCAUCUCAACAACAAGCAUGGACCUUGGUGGCAUGAUCGAGGAUUAAGGACCCUAAAUUCUCUGAUCUUUAUCCCUUUGAUGAGCGAGUAUGUCCAAGGGUAUGAUUCAAGCCUCAUCAACAAUGUUCAGCAGCUGUCAGUGUGGCAGAAAGAAUUUCAUCAUCCCUCAGGAUCGCUCUUAGGGAUCCUCAGCGCAAGCUACUGGGUUGGCAAUGUCUUGGGUGUCUUCGUAAUCACCCCGUUGUCAGAUCGCUGGGGUAGGAGAAUGGCCAUGUUUUUUGGAAGCAUUGUUGCUAUCAUUGGAACCGCGCUCUGCAGCGGAGCUGUUGAAGCUGGUAUGUUUAUCACAGGCCGGCUGCUGCUGGGAAUUGGUGGUGUCGUCGUUGGUGCCAUUGGACCGGUACUGGUGGCCGAACUGGCGUAUCCAAGUCAAAGAUCAACUGCAACUGCCCUUUCCAAUACCCAAUAUAGCAUGGGUUCCAUUGUAGCUGCCUGGAUUACAUUUGGAACAUUUCGGAUCAAUGGGACUUGGUCAUGGCGAAUUCCGUCGAUCUUUCAGGCUCUCCCAUCGGUGCUACAGGCCAUCGGAAUCUUCUUCCUUCCAGAAUCUCCGAGAUGGCUCGUGAGUAAAGGACGGGAGGAGGCCGCCCUCGAUGUGCUCGCUCAUUACCACGCCAAUGGAGACCGAGAAGAUGAAGUUGUGCAAUUCGAGUUCCGGGAGAUCGUAGGAACCAUUGAAUUAGAAAUUGCGGCAAGGCAGACAAAAUGGAGUGAACUGUGGAGGACUCCAGGAAACAAAUGGAGGAUAUUUAUUAUGAUUUGGUUUGGGAUAUGCAAACAAUGGUCUGGGAAUGGAGUGGUCAGCUACUAUCUCCACACUAUGCUCGACGACGUUGGAAUCACCUCAACGUUCCACCAGACCCUGAUCACAGCGACAUCUUCAAUGUUCUCCUUUGCUUGUUCCGUCGCAUUUGCCUUCCUCCCAGCUCGGGUGGGGCGUAGACCCCUCCUAUUAUGGUCCAUGGCACUCAUGUGGCUUGUCUUCACUCUCAUCACAAUCCUCACCGGCGUCUUCACGUAUACAAAAUCGAAACCCGCCUCAUAUGCUUCCGUUGCAUUCAUCUACCUCUACAGCGGAGUUCACAACCUCGGCUGGACCGGAGCCAUGAUGGUUUACGUGGUUGAAAUUCUUCCCUAUGCUAUGCGUGCCAAAGCCAUCUCCCUCUUCUGGCUCAUCACGGGGCUAGCGGGUGCUUUCAAUACGUACGUGAAUCCUCUAGGGUUCAAGGCGUUUGGCUGGAAGUUCUACUUUUUCUAUGUAGCUUGGAUUGCGGUUGAGUUCGUGGUGGUUUAUUGGGCGUGUCCCGAGACCAUGGGUACCAGUCUUGAAGACGUGGCCUUGAUACUCGAGGGCUCCAAGGCGACAGUUAGUAAGAUCAACCCAGUGACCGAGGCCUUGGCGGAAAAGGAUAGGCCUGUAACAGGGGCUGUGGAACAUGUGGAAAAGAUUGGAUAA